AUCCUUUGCUGAGGAAAUCUUUCAUAUAUUAUCCAUUCGUUUCUGUUCAUUCUUUCGCACAGUGAAGAAGAAAUAGAUAGCUAGAGUGACACCAUGGUCACUGCUUCUCUGCUACCUGUGUCAUCAUGGUUACCACCUCCUCUACCUUCUCCUUUCAAGGGAACACUGAAAACCUUGGAGGCAAGGCCAUGUCUGAAGAUUCAGCGACCAAGACCCCGUGUUUUCGUUGUUACUUCUGCGGCGGCUCCGGUUAGCGUGAGUGCACCCAAUGUCGGUGUCCGGUUUCGCCUUGACAAUUUGGGACCUCAACCUGGUUCAAGGAAGAAGGCCAAGAGAAAGGGUAGAGGUAUAUCAGCUGGGCAAGGAGCUAGUUGCGGUUUUGGAAUGAGGGGUCAGAAAUCUCGGUCUGGUCCUGGUGUUAGAAGAGGUUUCGAAGGUGGUCAGAUGCCGCUGUAUCGACGAAUCCCUAAACUUAGAGGAAUUGCAGGAGGUAUGAGUGCGGGAUUGCCGAAAUAUGUCCAUGUAAAUCUGAGGGACAUAGAAGGUGCUAAAUUUCAGGAUGGGGACGAGGUGUCCUUAGAGUCACUGAAGGAGAAGGGUGUGAUUAACCCAUCAGGAAGAGAAAGGAGACUUCCUUUGAAGAUUUUGGGUGAAGGAGAACUAAGUAAGAAGUUGACAGUAAAAGCCCGCGCCUUUUCCACAUCAGCAAAGGAGAAGCUUGAGAGCAUUGGAUGUUCCCUCACUGUGCUUCCUGGCCGCAAGAAAUGGGUUAAGCCAUCAGUUGCUAAGAACAUUGCACGUGCUGACGAAUACUUUGCCAAGAAGCGAGCUGCAGCUGCAGCUGCUGAACCUGCCUCCGCUUGAAAUCAAGCCACCUGUAUGUCAUCAUAUUAGAUUUCUUCAAGAGAGAUGAAAAGUGAGUUCUUUCGGAACCACGUCACAUGUUUCACGUUCUUCAGAAUCUCUCCGGUUCAUGUAGUUUACUUAAUGCAUUAACUCUUCUUUUUCUUUUUCUAUUUUUGCAUUGAAAUGUAUUCUAGUCAUGAUUCUAAACAAAAAUUAAUCUUGUAUAUCCCAUUACAUUUUGUUCAGCCAUCUCCAAAAUAUUUCGAGAAAUUCAAAGCUUGAUAAAAUGUAAAUUUUGGUUUGCCAA